CAAAAAAUCAAAAAUUAAAACCUCGACCCCCAAUUCUCCAAUAGAUACGCCUGAAAAGAAAGAGAAGUGAAUUAGACUAGCCGGCUACCCCUUAUAGUUUGUACCCGUGUCGCCUGACUGCCGUCGUCUCUCACGUCGUUUCUCAAGUUAUAAUUCGAAAAAAGAACUGAAAAAAAUGUUGGAGGAAAGGAUUUUCGACGUGAAAUUGAACUUGUGGGCACUUCGAAUUCCGAGGGAGUCUUGCAAGCUUGCUACUCGAAUUCUCAACGGAUAUUUGCUUGAUAGGCCGCGAAUAAAGCCAAUCACUGAAGAUCCAACUUGCAAUAAAAACCGAUAUAUGAUAUUGUCUGAAAAAGUUCAAAAUCCAGAUUUAUCUGAAAUUCCUAGUCAAAAACUUGACGAACUGAGAGAGAUCUUCAAGAUUGAAGUAGUUCCUUAUUCACUCACACUUGGAUAUUCAUAUUGGGGAGCAGACUAUAUAUUGAAGCAGAUUUUACCACCUGGAGUUGAGGUUCCCUCGUCAUUUGAAACAAUAGGUCACAUUGCCCAUCUGAAUAUAACGGAUGAACUACUUCCUUAUAAGGAUGUAAUAGCAAAAGUUAUCUAUGAUAAGGAUAUGCUCAGAGUGAGAGUGGCUACAAAGUGGAUGAAAAGGAGAAUGAAGCAAUUGGUCCGAGUUAAAUCUUUGUCGAAGUAUGGAUCUGUUUUGGCGAUUUCAAAAAAGCAGUAUGGUGCAACAUUCAAACUUGAUUAUAGUUCUGUCUAUUGGAAUUCAAGAUUGGAACACGAGCAUCUGAGGCUGAUUUCGAAAUUCCGGGCGGGGGAUAUUAUUUGUGAUAUGUUUGCUGGGAUCGGUCCAUUCGCAAUUCCUGCAGCACAGAAAGGAUGUGUAGUAUAUGCAAACGAUUUGAAUCCAGAUAGUGUUCGCUAUCUGAAAAUUAAUGCAGAAAUCAACAAGGUUGAUAAUCUAAUUCAUGCAUACAAUAAGGAUGCACGAGAAUUUAUUGCUGAGCUGUUGGUUGCACCAUCAAGUGAAGGUGAAUCCCUUUCAGAUGAAGUCAUCUCAAAGUCUUGUGAGAAAUGGGACACGAAUGAAAAUAGGCAAACACACUUUGAAGACAGUUGUCUAACUGACAAGGUGGAAGAAAUAGCAGAAGAGAAUUUAAAUAAUUCUGAGAGUAUAGGACAUUUAUGUAUGAAGAAGGGUUCAAAUUUAACCACUGCAAAAAGGCGUCCUGGAAGUCCACUUGAAGAAAAUGGAAUGGCUGAAUGUGCAAGUACUGGUGUGAGUGGUCAGAAGAAACAGGGCAUAAAUAAGCGCUUGAGAGGCUGUGUUUCUUUCAGUACAAGGCCUUUGGAGCAUAUUGAUCAUGUCAUUAUGAAUCUACCAGCUUCUGCUUUACAGUUUCUUGAUGCCUUUAGAGACCUUAUCCAGAUGAGAUAUUGGAAAGGAUCUCUGCCUUGGAUUCACUGUUAUUGCUUCAUGCGAUCAACUGAGACGAAGGAAUAUAUAGUAUCAGAAGCAGAGACUGCAUUGGGUGCUAGUAUACAAGACCCAGUGUUUUUUCGGGUCAGAGAUGUUGCUCCAAACAAGGCAAUGUAUUGUUUAAGCUUCAGAUUAUCGGAGGAAGCAUGUGUCAUUGGUGAUGUUGGGAUAUAAUGAGCACCGAACAGUUUAACGACCAGACCAAUGUGUAUUUCUGCAACUUCUGUUUAUGGCCAAUCUUCUUAUAGGCUUGAAGGUCUUCUUUUUUAAAUGGGGUGGAAAUUUUCUCAAGCAGCUGCAGAUUGUUGGAAAUUUUGGUUUUUAUUUAUAUAAUAUUUUUAUCCUACUGAUUUAUCAAAGCUGUAGACAAUACAAUUCUAGAUUAACUGAGAUUUUCUUCUUCGAAUAUUAUUCGUACAAACAAGUUGAUAUAUUAUUUCCAUUUUUAUACA